AUGGCGGUGAUGUUCUUGAUGGAGAUCUGCGUCCUGACACUUCAUGACAAAAGACACACAACUCUAUCUUUCAGCGUCCGAUCAGCCGUGGCAAAGAAGAGAAGAGAAGAGCGCAGGAUGAAAAGCACUGGCUUACUCUUGGGCUACUUUUUGAUGAAAGUUCUUGUGUGCGACGCGGAGGGAGAGCCAGGCAAAAGCCUGGAUGGUGCGGUGACAGCGUCCGGGUCCAACGACUCUAGAGACGGGGAAAACGGCCUUUCCGAGACCCCCCACACGGAGGACAGGUGUCGGGGCUAUUACGAUGUGAUGGGUCAGUGGGAUCCUCCGUUCGUGUGCCGGACUGGUAGUUACCUGUACUGCUGCGGGACCUGUGGCUUCAGGUUCUGCUGCGAGUUUAAGAACUCCAGGUUAGAUCAAACCACCUGCAAAAACUACGACACCCCGCCGUGGUCCAUGACGGGCCGACCACCGCCGAAAAUGAUGGACCAGCACGACCCGACUAAGGAUAAAACCAAUUUGAUUGUGUAUAUCAUAUGCGGAGUAGUUGCUAUCAUGGCGCUGGUUGGGAUUUUCACCAAACUUGGCUUGGAGAAAGCGCAUCGACCCCACAGAGAGAACAUGUCCAGAGCGCUGGCCCAGGUGAUGCGCCAGACAGCUCCAGGAGAACAUGUGGAGAGAGAGGAGAGCUUGGCGGUGCAUGGACAACCCUACGAAAACCUGCAGGCCCGAGCAACAGGAAACAACCUGCAGAGUGCCCAGAUGAACAGUGUGGGUCCCAGUUCAUCUAUGAUGCAGGCCAUGACCCCAUACCCUGCUCUGGGACAGGUGCCAGUGGCUCACCCCUAUGAGCCGUCACCAGCUGUGAAAGAGCUCAACAAGUACGCCUCGCUCAAGGCUGUUGCUGAAAAAGCCAACGAAAACUUCUACACCAACAGACGGCACUUGGCAGACCUGGCAGCGAAAGGCACUCUUCCCAUGCACUCAGUGAGUCUGGAGCAGGAGCCUACCAACCCGUACAGCCCCGAGCUGCCCUGCCAAAAGCAGAACGGACACAAGUCCAAAAGCACCAAGGUCCACAGCUCCCACCCGCUGGCUUAUGGCUCCAACACCAUCGCCAACCCCGGCAGGAUGAGUAGCUGGGAGACUACAGAAACGCUUGGCCGCCGGCACACGUACGGCCCCAAGAAACACAGCGUCACAAUGGAGCAAAUGAACGAGCUGACGUCCGCCCAUAGCCAACAUUACCUGCCGCCACAUCCGUACUUCGUCACCAACAGCAAGACUGAGGUGACUGUGUGAACGUGGCCGAAGCACCGGCUUUAUCGAGCCCAGGCUUGAGUGGACUUGGAGAACGAAGAUAACCAGAGACGCCUGACGGAGGAAGAAGAAGAAGUAUGGAUUAGGAGCCCGUCCUGCUGGAAGGAUUGGGCGAUUGGGUCUGGCUCAAGAUCUGCAUGGCUGUGUGUGUGCUGUUUGUCUUAGAGCGGUUGGAGUGUGCAUGGACCAGGCAUGCAUUGGCAUCAUUUUCGAAAGGCUAAGGAUCUCUUUCUGUGUCCAUUCAGUCACAAUGCAAAUGA